GUGUGGUUAAAAGCCAAUGCUGUACAAAUUGAACAUAUUAAACCGCAAGUUGAUAUUUAUCAUCUACCAAGUGGUCGUGCUAUGAUUUUACCUGCUGAUGGUCGUGUUAUUAAUCUUUGUAAGUAA